CAACAUAACCUAAAAGUCUUCGGCGUUUAUGAUUACAAACAUUUAAAAAGUCGCCGGUCGUCUCAUACAAAAGAAAGCCAUAAUGAACGUGUUUAAAAACCCUGCAAAUUCGCUAGAAAUAAAAAUUACUCCACUGGGUGCCGGUCAAGAUGUAGGCCGCAGCUGUAUUCUACUUUCAAUGGGUGGUAAAAACAUAAUGCUGGAUUGUGGUAUGCACAUGGGAUAUCAAGACGAGCGCCGUUUUCCCGACUUUAACUACAUAACACCUAAUGGUCCUCUUAGUGAACACAUAGAUUGUGUCAUAAUAUCGCAUUUUCAUCUUGAUCAUUGCGGUGCUUUACCUUUUAUGACCGAAAUGGUUGGUUAUGAUGGCCCUAUUUAUAUGACACAUCCAACCAAAGCAAUUGCACCACUUUUACUUGAAGAUAUGCGUAAGGUGUCCGUAGAACGCAAAGGUGAGCAGAACUUUUUCACCUCACAGAUGAUAAAAGAUUGCAUGAAAAAAGUGAUUGCUGUAACCCUUCAUCAAUCAGUAAUGGUGGAUAAUGAUAUCGAAAUAAAAGCAUAUUAUGCUGGGCAUGUAUUGGGUGCUGCAAUGUUUUGGGUGAGAGUUGGAACACAAUCUGUGGUAUAUACUGGCGAUUAUAACAUGACUCCUGACAGACAUUUAGGGGCUGCAUGGAUUGAUAAAUGCAGACCGGACUUACUAAUCACUGAAUCAACCUAUGCAACUACAAUCAGAGAUUCAAAAAGGUGCAGGGAGAGGGAUUUCUUAAAGAAGAUACAUGAAUGUGUAGAUAAGGGUGGCAAGGUGUUGAUUCCUGUGUUUGCCUUGGGCAGAGCACAAGAACUCUGUAUUUUAUUAGAAACUUACUGGGAGAGGAUGAAUCUGAAAGCACCUGUUUACUUUGCACUUGGUUUAACUGACAAAGCUAACAGUUAUUACAAAAUGUUUAUCACAUGGACGAAUCAAAAGAUUCGUAAAACAUUUGUACAACGAAAUAUGUUUGAAUUUAAACAUAUCAAACCUUUUGAUAGGUCGUUUAUUGAUAAUCCUGGGCCAAUGGUGGUGUUUGCAACGCCGGGAAUGCUUCAUGCUGGUUUAAGCCUGCAGAUAUUCAAGAAGUGGGCACCCAAUGAAAAUAACAUGGUAAUUAUGCCAGGAUUCUGUGUACAAGGCACUGUCGGUAAUCAGGUGUUAAAUGGAGCGAAAAAAAUCGAAUUUGAGAAUCGGCAAGUUGUUGAAGUCAAAAUGGCUGUUGAAUAUAUGUCGUUUUCUGCGCAUGCGGACGCUAAAGGUAUUAUGCAAUUAAUACAAUAUUGCGAACCGAAAAAUGUAAUGCUAGUUCAUGGCGAAGCUGAAAAAAUGGAAUUUCUCAAGGAGAAAAUCAAACAGGAGUUUAACAUCGAUUGUUUCAAUCCAGCGAAUGGCGAAACACAUACACUGCACACCCCGUUAAAAAUUCCGAUUGAUGUCUCGCUGCCAUUGCUGAAGGCAGAAUCGCGAAAGUACAGUUUGUUGCCACCGGAUCCAAAACGGCGGCGUACUCUACACGGCGUGGUUGUUAUAAAGAAUACAAAUAUUUGUAUGAUGGAUGUGGAUGAAGCAUGCAAGGAAGCUGGAGUAAAUCGUCAUACGAUUCGAUUCACAUCGAAAGUGAAGCUGAGGGACAGUGGACCGGCGGUUUCAACAACAGGAAAAUUGUAUGAAUUGUUUAAGGAAAAAUUACCACAAUGGGAUGUUAUUCUAGCUGAGGAUAGUAUUACAAUAGAGUCUAUUUUAAUAAGAGUGGAGCGUGAAGAUGAGGAAGUGAAGAAUGUUUAUGUGUCAUGGACGAAUCAGGACGAAGAGUUGGGCACGUUUAUUAUGGAUCUGUUAAAAGCAAUGCAGAAGUAAUUACUAUAUUGCUUAAACAUUAAAUUGAUGUUUUAAUCGGGCAAUUACGUUGACAAUUUCGACGACAACCGCAACCUCCGCUGUGGCUUCUUUUCAGCGGUACACGUAUGGUCGAAUCGCGCAAAGCGCGCACCUGUUUGCCCAACGGUGUCUUACGCCAAUCAGGAUCGUUGC